AGCACAGCAACAACAACAACUAAGUUUAUAUUUUAGUUCAACCUUUGAAACAUAAUACGCCACGGUAUAACUCGUUACACAAUGGGUUUGUGGUCAUGGUUUAAAAGUUUGACGAUAGUUCAUCUGUUGAUGGGAUACAUUUUCAUGGCAAGUGGUUUCCUGGUCAGUUUUCUUAUGCUGGUUGGUGUUGUGAUAAGACCAUUCAACAAAACACUGUACAGAAAAUAUGCCUACUUCCUAUCGUAUGCAUUAUGGAGUCAGUUUUCCUUCCUAGCUCAUUGGUGGGUUAGAGCAGAUUGUAAGUUAUAUAUAUCACCUGAAGAUCAGAAACGACUCGGCAAGUCUCAUUCUGUUUGUAUGGUAAACCACACAUAUGAGAUAGACUGGCUUAUGGCAUGGAUGAUGGCCGAGAGACAUGGUAUGCUGGGGAAUACAAAAAUCUACGGAAAAGAUAUAUUGAAGUAUGUACCAGUGCUUGGAUGGACCUGGUAUUUCACAGAAAGUAUAUUUCUUAAGAGAAGCUGGGACGAAGAUAAGAAAAUUCUGGAAAAAUCAAUCACAGAACUUAUUACCUACCCAGAUCCUUUUUGGGUAACUCUCCUGUUGUUUCCUGAGGGAACAAGAUGGACGCCAAAAAAACAUGCCAUUUGUCAAAAGAUCGCUAAAGAGAAAGGAUAUCCGGAGUACAAACACAUGCUCUUGCCUAGGACAAAAGGAUUCACUUUGUCCAUGCAGCUGAUGAAAGGAAAAAUACCUACAGUUUUAGACUGUACCGUUGGAUUUCCUGCCAGUGAACCUGAACCUACUCUAUGGGACGCUAUCUCUGGGAAAAAGAUUAGAUGUGCCAUUAUAGCAAGAACAUACAAAAUAGAUGACAUACCUUGUGAGAAUGAGGAAGAGUGUGGUAACUGGCUGAGACAGAUUUAUAAACAAAAGGACGAUGAUUUAGAAUAUUACAAACAGACUGAAAAAUUUAAUGGGCUUCCAGUUAUAGAUGUUCCGAAGCGUUAUUAUGACCUGUGUUGGUAUAUAUUCUGGUUAUGUUUAACAUGUAUACCACUGUGUUACUAUGUGGUUUAUCUAGUGUUUACUGCUUCCAUUGUACAUAAAGUGACAGUCAUCGUCAUAGUGACUGCAAUGAUUUUGGUCAUGAAGUGGAUGAUAUCAUUUUCUGAGGUUAAACAUGGAACAUCUUACGGACUGGAGAAUAAACAAAAUGGCACGAAGAAGUCACAAUAACGCUGGAAAUAUUUUGAGAUAACUCGACAAAGUAGCCAGGUCCUUCAUUUCAUUAAAAGUGUCUUGGAAAAGGAAACACAAGUUCAUUUGAUAUUUAUUUAUGGUAUAAUAUGAAUGAUAAUUCUGUGAUAUACUAUAGGUUGACAUCUACGUGUAAAAGGUCAACAAGACAGUAGUCCCAAUUACUUGCAUUUAUUAUAUGACAUUGGUAUGAGCCGCGCCAUGACAAAACCAACGUAAUGGGAUUGCGACCAGCAUGGAUCCAGACCAGCCUGGGCAUCCGCACAGUCUGAUCAGGAUCCAUGCUGUUCUCUAUCAGUUUCUCUACAUGUUAUAGGGUUAGUCAGCGAACAGCACGGAUCCUGAUCAAACUGCGCGUAUGUGCAAGCUGGUCUGGAUCCAUGCUGGUCGCAAACCCAUUAUGUUGGUUUUGUCAUGGGGCGGCUCAAUUAUGUUUUCAAUACUGUAUAAUCAAUACUUAUUUGAUUAUAUUUCACACUUUUUAACAUUUUAACAUCAUGAGCUCUUUGUAAAGUUGAUAUGUGAAGUCAUGAAAAAAUAACUUAUGAUUUUGAUGUUUUUGAAAAAAUAAGUAAUUAUUUUGAUGUUAUUGAAAAAAUAAGUAAUUAUUUUGAUGUUAUUGAAAAAAAUAAGUAAUUAUUUUGAUUUUAUUGAAAAAAUAAGUAAUUAUUUUGAUGUUAUUGAAAAAAUAAGAAAUGAUUUUGAUGUUAUUGAAAAAAUAAGAAAUUAUUUUGAUGUUUUCAAUAUUUAUUUAGCUUUAUUAUGUUAUAUGGUAAAAAAUGAAACUUAGAUUCUUUGGCAUAUUACAUAGCCUUGCUUUGACCUUCUUACCAAAAUGUUAUAAAGAUUUCUAUAGAAUCACUUUUUAACCUAUUCUAGACUUGUUUAUUAAGGCUAUACGAAAUGAUAACUCUCGUACAGUCCUAUAUACAAAUGGAGUGGUGUGUUACAACUUUAGGAAACUAGUUAGCAGUUACUUCAUUCUUUUAUCACAGGUACAGUCUAUGACUUGAUAUGGUUGACAGCUUACUUUUACUAUUUUUUUACUAAAAUGCCUUCCUGAGUUGAAAAUGGACUACUCUAGAACUCAAAAUUCAAAUCUGGGAAAAUUCUAUUAUACAAAUGGUAAAAGGAAUAGUGUAUAUGUGUAUUAGGAAAGUAUAUUGUUUCUUCAAUUGAUUACUAUAAAUUGUUAAUGAUUUUACUUGUUGACAAUGAUAUUCUUAAUAAGUCAAUGAUUUUUAUUUGUUAUUUAUACAUAUGUAUUCUAAUUCUUAGGCAAUAUUUAUAUAUAAAUGCCCAAUGUUAAAUCUUAUUGACUGAGAUGCUGUCAAAAUACAAAUAAUGCCCAAUACUGCUGUGAUCUGGCCAGGAAUUCUGAUUGAUAUUGUUUGAGAACGUUACCCAGCUGGCUUACAGAUGUUUGGUGGUUCCCCUUUUGUGCCUGAAAUAAUGUAUAAAGGGCCACUUGAAGUCUUCCUCCUCCACUAUAAAUCACCAGUAGGAAAAUCACCACAUUACCUUUACAGUGUAGAGUUAAUAUAGUUUGUGUUAAUAAUAACCACAGCCCGAAUACAGAAUCAUAAUAAUUAUAGAAAUAAACUAUAGAAAUUUGCCUUGAUGUGACUCUGGCAAUAUUUAUUGGUACAUAAUUGAGAAAUAUUUACUAUUAUACCUGUAUAACAUGUGAUUUAUGUCAGAGCUUUACUUUAUGAUGUUAAUAAUUGAAUUAGUUAAUAAUUUUAUAAUUUACAUAAUAAUUGUUUCAAAGUAAGCGUUCUUGCAUAAAAACUAUGCACACAGGUAUACAUUAACUUAGAAGAAACCUUGCAUAAAUGGAUAAAAUUAAACGAGCACGCUCUUUUGCAUGUUUUUGGAUAUGCAUGACUCGGGGCACCAUGUAAAAAAUAGCUGAUUGCUGUGACGGCCCCAGUAAGUUCAUUAUCAAAACAUAACUGUCAGGUGACAUUGCAUGAUCACACGUAAAACAUGUUGAAAUCAUUUUUUUUCAUACGAAAAAUAAAUAACAAAAUGAGAAUUAGACAUACAUUUUGUAUUCUUUUUUCCAAGAACUUGCGCUAAUGCACCUUUUUUGUGCAUUAACAAAUAUUUCAAUGCAAGGUUUCCAUUAAUUGUAUCUUUUCUUAUUUGUUAGAGUUUCCUUAUAGUUUUGUCUAUUUGUGACAUAAAGUUAUGAGGCAAGCUAAGAUCUUUACAUUUAGAGCAUUGUCCGUAAGAAGUGACCAAUGAUAUUAAAAACAUGGAGGUUUUCAUCUUUGCCAGUAAGCAGCAAAAGAGUUAUUGAAAUAAAUUCGAUCUGUAUUGAUGUGCUCUUGAUUUGUUUUUUUUUCUAAGAUAGAUACUUCUUUGUUAAUAUUACCAUUUUGUUAAAGAGAGAGAGAGUAAGAAAUAAAUAUUUUCCAUGUUUUGCUUUGUAAAUCAUGAAUAAAUUGUUUCUUUUAUAAUUUUACAUACCUAUAGUUAUAUGAAAUCUGUAAUUGUUUUAUUAAGCAUUGUUUUUAGCUCACCUGUCACAAAGUGACAGGGUGAGCUUUUGUGAUCGCUUUUCGUCCGGCGUCCGUCCGUCCGGCGUCCGUCCGUCCGUAAACUUUUACUUUAAAUGACAUCUCCUCAUAAACCACUAAGCCAAUUUCAUCCAAACUUCACAGGAAUGUUCCUUUGGUGGUCACCUUUAAAAAUUGUUCAAAGAAUUUAAUUCCAUGCAGAACUCUGGUUGCCAUGGCAACCGAAAGAAAAAACUUUAAAUAUCUUCUUUUAAAAAACCCUAAGAGCUAGAGCUUAGAUAUUUGGCAUGAAACAUCUUCUAAUAAGUGUCUACCAAGUUUGUUCAAAUAAAAGCCCUGGGGUCAAAAUUGGCCCCGCCCCAGGGGGUCUUUGAUUUUCCCUAUAUGCAUAUAGUAAAAACUUAAAAAAUCUUCUUUUAAAGAACCCAAAGAGCUAGAGCUAAGAUAUUUAGCAUGAAACAUCUUCUAAUGAGUGUCUACCAAGUUUGUUCAAAUAAAAGCCCUGGGAUCAAAAUUAGCCCCGCCCCAGGGGGUCAUUGAUUUUCCCUAUAUGCAUAUAGUAAAAACUUUAAAAAAUCUUCUUUUAAAGAACUCAAAGAGCUAGAGCUAAGAUCUUUAGCAUGAAACAUGUUCUAAUGGUUGUCUACAAAGUUUGUUCAAAUAAAAGCCCUGGGGUCAAAAUUGGCCCGUCCCGGGGUCAUUGAUUUUCCUUAUAUGUGUAUAGCAAAAACUUAAAAAAUCUUCUUUGAAAAAACCCAAAUAGCUAGAGUUUAGAUAUUAAGCAUGGAACAUCUUCUAGUGAGUGUCUACCAAGUUUGUUCAAAUAAAAGCCCUUGGGUCAAAAUUGGCCCCACCCCAGGGGGUCAUUGAUUUUCCCUAUAUGCAUAUAGUAAAAACUUAAAAAAUCUUCUAUUAAAGAACUCAAAGAGCUAGAGCUAAGAUAUUUAGCAUGAAACAUGUUCUAAUGGGUGUCUAAUAAGUUUGUUCAAAUAAAAGCCUCGGGGUCAAAAUUGGGCCCGCCCCGGGGGUCAUUGAUUUUCCUUAUAUGUGUAUAGCAAAAACUAAAAAAAAUCUUCUUUGAAAAAACCCAAAUAGCUGGAGUUUAGAUAUUAAGCAUGAAACAUCUUCUAGUGAGUGUCUACAAAGUUUGUUCAAAUAAAAGCCCUGGGGUCAAAAUUGGCCCGGCCCCAGGGGUGUCAUUUUUUUAACUAUAUGUGUAUAGUAAAAACUUAAAAAAACUUCUUUUAAAAAACCCAAUGAGCUAGCGCUUAGAUGUUUAGCAUGAAACAUCUUCUUAUGGGUGUCUACCAAGUUUGUUCAAAUAAAAGCCCUUGGAUUAAAAUUGGCCCUGCCGGGUGGGGUAGGGAGGGGGGUGAUAGAUCGUUGUUUUUCAUUAUAUGUGUGUAGUAAAAACUUAACAUCACGAAACAUCUUCUAAUAGGUGUCUUCCAAGCCCUGGGGGUUUAAACUGGCCCCGUUCCGGGUGCCUUUAUACAGGUGAGCGACCUCAGGGCCAUCAUGGCCCUCUUGUUUGAUAUUUUAUGCACUAAGUUGUUUUGUAUUUUUUACCUUUUGUACAAUUUCUUACAGCGCAAUGUAUAACUAACUAAAUAACCCAUUACCUGCUGGUUGUGUGAAAUGGAUUUGUCCAGCUUUGAAUCUGUGACAGUCCAUUUGAAGUUUAAAGGCCCAUUAUGCCUCAGGAAGGAAUAAAUUUUAACUUCUUAAGGAAAGGCAAAUGUGAAUUUUACAAGGUUUAAAUAAUGAUUUAAGAGCAUGUUAGAUGCUUGUAACCUGAAGAAAGUAGUGAUUGAAAUGAUUUGUCAUAAAAGAAGCAUUAUAUAAAUAAAGUAGUAUUUUGACUUCAUACAAAAUACUAAAUCACUAUAACUGUACUAAUUGCCAAAGGACAACAGGUAAAAAAUAUGGUUAAGCUUAUUUUUUAAAACAAAUGAGUAACUUUUUUGGAAUUAAAGAAGUACAUAUAAAAUAUAAAGCUUUUGAGAAGCAAUUCUGAGGCAUAAUGGGCCUUUAAGUGAUUUUAAAAUUAAGCUACCAGCAGUAUAGUGUAAGCCUGGACAGACUGCACUGGUUUGUAGGCUGGCCUGGCUCUAUACUGGUGGCAAAAGCUAGUUAUUUUGGUCUCAGCAGGCUAAGGGUUAUCAACAUGUUGACCUUUGUCACGUUUGAAAUUUUUUCACAAUAGACUUUUAUGUGAUUGUUACUAACAACUACACUGUCACUACAUUUUAGAUAGUAUUAUAUUUAUUUAUACAUAUUUUUUUUAUUACUGUAUAAUACAUUUGUAUUUGGAAUUGUAAUCAAAAUUCUACAGUUAUUAUUAUCAAAGUAUUUUCAUUUCGUUUCGGCAUUUAAUUGAUUCAGUUUUUACAUGCUAUGUUGUCAUUGUCAAAGUUUGAGAUCGCAUCUAGUAUAGCGGACCCCUGAAUAUAAACAAUAUGUGCAUGCUCACUUAAUGCAGGCUGCUGACACCACAUACCCCCCUGUUUUACAUAUUUAUUUCUUUUACCGAAAACAAAACUGAGAAUAACACAUUGUUACAUAAUAAAGGCAUAAUUACACACUUGAUUAUUUCUGGGGUUCACUAAAGUAGACUCUAUCCGAAUUUUGUUACUUAGACCUCUUUACAGUUUAGACAGAUUGUGUGAAUGAUUAAAAUAGGCUUCCAGAGAUGUAUGGUUGAAAUACCUGUAUUUGUAAUUUACAGAUAUUUAAAUAAAAGUACAGGUGCUUUUGUUUUAAAGGAAUGUCUUAAUUGUCAAAGAAAUGGCACUUUUUAUGCUCCCACAAAGUGGGAGCAUAUAGCGUUGCACUUGUCCGUCCGUACGUCUGUCCAUCCAUCUGUCCGUCUGUACGUCCCGAAAUCUUGUGAACACAACUCCUCUUAAACCGGAUGGCAGAUUUUGUUUAAACUUCCAGGGAUGAACAACCUUAAUGUGUAGAUGGUAGUUAAGGUAGGAAUUUUUGCUAUGACCAAAUUUAACAGAAUUAUGGCCCUUUGUUGAUUUUUUCACUAUAUACAAUAUAGAAAUUUUGUGAACGCAACUCCUCUUAAACCGGAUGGCAGAUUUUGCUUAAACUUCCAGGGAUGAACAACCUUAAUGUGUAGAUGAAAGUAAAGGAAGGAAUUUUUGCUGCGACCAAAUUUAACAGAAUUAUGGCCCUUUGUUGAUUUUUUCACUAUAUACCAUAUAUAUGUUGCAGUGGGGGCAUCCGUGUCCUUUGGACACAGUUCUAGUUUAAGCUAGGAUUUUUUAUUUUUAUAAAAUCAUAAAGGCUAUACACUGAAAUUAUUGAUGAUUAUUUUAUUAAAUUGUUAAGGCUAUAUACUGAAAUUAUGAUUUAUAAAUAAUACAUGUACCCCUAUUUACCAUUGUAUGCAAUACUGUCAUUAGUUUAUACAGAAUAUAUUUGAGCUGUGUCACAACAAAACCAACAUAAUGGUUUUGCGACCAGCAUGGAUCCAGACCAGCCUGCGCAUCGGCGCAGUCUGAUCAGGAUCCAUGCUGUUCGCUUACCAACCCUUUUACAAGUCGAGAAACUGAUAGCGAACAGCAUGGAUCCUGAUCAGACUGCGCGGACGCGCAGGCUGGUCUGGAUCCAUGCUGGUCGCAAACCCAUUAUGCUGGUUUUGUCGUGACACGGCUCAUUUUAGUUUGAUUGAGAAGGAAGCUGUAAGCUUAUAGACACACUGUUUAAUGCAUGCCUGGAACAAACCAAUACUGAACAAUGAGUGUUAAUUUUCUGGCAACAGCGGCUUGUCCCUAACAAGGUUUGAACUAAUUUGGCUAGCACUACUAGUCUGACAAGUCAACCACUUUGCCACUAUACUGUUAUUGUGUGUCUUAUUUAAGCUAUAUUCAUGACCAAAGAAAAAAAAAUCAUUAAAAUAAUUUGUAAAAAUCUAAUCAGAAUUUAUUUUCUUACCUGAACUUUUCUCUCUGGCUGAAAACCAUUGCCCCGCUAAAUAUCUUAAAUCAGGACUUGUCCAUCAUUCAAUCGGGACAAAAACAUUCAUGAUUUUUUAGGGCAAAUUUCAAAAUAUGUACCGACUAUAUAUUGAACAGUGCAAGCGUGUACUAGUAUGAUUAAAGGCUUGUAGUUUUAUUAUUUUAUUAUUAUAUCUUCUUUAUUUAUUUGCUAGUUUACUCUAUGAUCUCAUUUGUUAUGUUGUUUAUUUUUUAGAGAAAGAAAAAAGUAGAUAUCUUUAAUAUAGACUUAUUUGCUUUCUGUAUAGUGUAUGAAUAAUUAUAUACCUGUAAUAAUAUGUAUAUUUUAUUUGAUAGGAUAGUAUAUCAGCUUACAGUACCAUUUGUUUGUUCAUGUGCGUUAAAUAAUGUGAGACACACCAUGCCAAAACUCAUACGACCAUAAGAAUAUUAAAACGUGAUUGUACAUUUAAAUUUUUUUUUUAGAUUCUUUUAUAGCAUAUCACACCAGUUAAUUUGCUUAACACUCUUUUAUGUCUGUGAUUUUUGUAAGAAAACCUUAUGGAUAUCAACUACCAAAAAAAUGUCUGGAUCUGGGAGAUUUUUUAUCACUUCUCGAAAGUGGUCUUUGACAAAUUGCAGAAUAUUUUCACAAUAACGAAUGAUGAAUUUUCAAAUGUUUUUUUUGAGCUAUUAUGGUUGUUCAUUGCAUGGAUUUCAUAUAAAAAUGUAUUUUGUGUACUAAGAGAAUAUAUCUAGAAAUACCUUUUCUGUUCAGCAUAUAAUAAUAUAUAUAUAUAUAUAAACAUAAAUGUGUAAACAUUUUGCUUCAUGAAGAUGAACAGUCUAGAACUGUUAGCUGCUUUUGUCACUACCUUAAGGUGCUGUCUCUUAAAGGGACUUAAAUCGGUUUUGUUUGUUUGUUUUUUUACAUUCAAAAUACAAUUUUCAAGAUUUUUUUUGUACCAUUUGAUAAAAAUCUUGACAAGUAACUUGUGUUCAAAAUAUCAGAUUAUUUGCUCACCCUCACUCUGUUAUUCCAAAAUAAUCAUUUAAAUUGUGGAUAAAUGGCCCAAAAAUGAAGUGUUCAAACACAUAUCUCAGAUCAGCUAAGAAUCGCACAAAAAUAUGAUUCUGGUUUUUUUUUGUAUAGCCAGUCUGAUCAUAGAAACUAACAUUUGAUCAUGAUCAAUUAAUUAUAUGUAUCCCUCACAGAUAUGGGAUUGAUUUCUGUCAGGGGCAUUUAAUUCUUUCCUGUUCCAAAGCUAUCUGGCCGUGGAAGAUUGUUGUUCUUCAUAGGUGCCUUUCAAUAGCUGAAAUAGUGCAUAGAGGGGCAUCUUUGUUCUUCCUAUUGCCAGUAAAGCUUGAAAAUCAGCAUAUGACCAAGUUACUACAUGACGAGGUAUUAAGUCAACAUGUGACCUUAACACUUUCAAUGUGUCUUAAAACCCAAUCCCCCCUUGUGGCUGAGUAACUGGUUGCCUCCAAGAGUUAAGUCAUCAGAAUUGCAGUCACCGUUUUGCAUCUCUAAGCUCUAACAGGUGAGGUGGUUUUGACCCCCUGGUGAUUCUUUAAGUUUUUAACACCCGAGGUUAGCUAAAAUCAUCUUCCAUGUUCUGGCACCAUAUGACCUAAAUUGUGUUGGUGCGCUAUAAUUAUAACCAAACAAAACACAAAAAAAUAGAACAAUUUCUUGUAAAUAUGUAAAUUGUCUUAUUUGCCUUUGAAGUGAUUUAUGACUUUUUGAGCACUGUUUGUUUGGGGGUUUUUUUUAUUGGCGAUUAUUCACAAGUGAAAACAUUUAAUACCCUCUAAUAUUUAAUAGCCUAAGAAUUGCAACAAAUUGCAUAUCUGGUAUAUUUGGUAUAAAUUUUGAAUUCAUUAAUUGAAGGUCAAUUGACUGAGAAAAUUCUACAUAGAAAAAAGGCCAAAAGCACAAUUCUAAUUAAGAAGUCUUAAAGGCAGGAAAAAAUAUAUUAAUGUUUUGUAAUAUACACAUAGAAUUGUACUUGAAACAAGCAGUUAGGGUCAUCCAUGGCCAAGUGGUUAAAGUCGCUGACUACAAACCACUUGCCCCUCACCGCUGUGGGUUCAAAUUCUGACAGGGACAUUGGAUUCUUUUAUGUUAGGAAGCUACCCAGCUAGCUAAUGGAACGUCGGUGGUUCUCCUCAGGCCCGUUCAUGCCUGAAAUAAUGCAGGGAAGUGUACCCGAGGUAUUCCUGCACCAAUAAAAGUCGAAAGUUGCCAAUUUUAUGACCUCUACGGUGUUGGUGCAACGUAAAACCCAACCAAAAAAAAAAAAAAAAAAAAAUAGCAGUAAACUGUUACUGACCUGUAUGUAAUGGCCUGUAACUUACCCUUUAACCUGCUUAUUUUUUUUUUAAAUGACCAUGUUGAGGUUUUAUUUCUUCAACUGUCAAUUUUCAUUGUGUAUCGAGAUGAAAAUUAGAAGUAAGCCAGUUUAGAGCCUGGUCAUACUGCAUGUAUGUACUAUGAGCUGGUCUGGCUCUAUACUGGUAUCAAAGGGUAAUAACUUACGAUUUCUGCAGGGUAAGUGUUAAAGUGUACACAUGUAUACAUAUUGUGGACAAAGUGUAUAAUUCUUCAUAAUCAAACUUACUCUGUGAUUUGUUUGGCUUAUACAUUAGUGUUUUGUUUAUCAUCCAUUUCAUAAUCAAAGAUACUAUAAAAUAAUUAAAAUUUGAAUUUUGUGGCUAUUCAAGCGAUUAGAAACAAGGGCAUAUUGGCAUUGUUUUGUAGCACCAAGUAUAUUUUAUACAUUUAUAUCUGUGAUAUGGUGAUAAGGCUUUAAAACAUCAUUUACUCAAUCUAUUUAUUUACCUACAAGACUGACCUCUUAUAAGACGGAGUCCUUAAUUUUAUAUAAAGUCUGCUGUUUUCUUUUAUAAUUACUUUUUUAAUGCCAUGAUAUUUAAACUUGCCAAUUUGUUUAUUAAGCUCAUUUAGUAUUAAACUGUACUUUAUUCCAUUUAGCUUAUUAAAUAAUGCAGCAAUAUGUAUGUUAGAAAUCUUCCAGCAAGCAUAGUAUUGUUUUAAUUGUUUGCCUUUUUGUCUGGGUUUUUUUUUGCAGACAUCUUUAACAUUACCCAUAAUUGUUCUAUUUCUCGAUCUAUAAGCUACAGUUAUAUUUCAAUACAACAUAUACCUUAAGACUAGAACUUCAAUUUGGCAUAUUGUAUGAUGUAUGAUGUCAAGCCAUAAAUGGCCUUGACCUUCAGCCUUGAUGGUCAAAGUUUAAAAUUCAGGAAAUUACACGAGAUUUUGGAUGGAGGUGUUUGUUAAUUAUAAACACUUAUAAUUUUUAAUUUUAAACCUGAUAUACUUGCUUAUUUAUAUAAUUUUGUAAGUUUGUAUAUGUACAUGUAGGUAUUUUAGAUGUUGAGUCACAUUAUAAUUAUACUAAAAAAUGUUACUGCUAAUUGACUAUUAAGUAAAAGCUAUAUAUACCCUAUA